AUGCCGCUGCCACCGCCGAUUCGCCUAUUGAACACCGGUUACGUUGAACCACCCCACGACCAGCGAAUUCAAGACGUGCUGAUCAAGGAUUACAAUUGCGAGGAUCCGGCUGAUGGCGAGCCCCUUAUCUCAUCAGAGACGAUUGCCCAAGAGGAGCGAGCUUCGAAAGCUCAGGCUGAAGAUAUGGAGAUGGUGGACGCAGGCGAAGAUGCCAACAGGCUGAAGCCCAUGGACGGUGUGAAGCCGAAAAGCGCAGGUGGUCGGAAGAAGGUUGCGCUCUCUAGCGCCGCCAAUUGCUCGACAACUACCCGCAAGCAACCUGGUAAGACAUCGCGCAUGUCUCUCCGUGUCGAUUCGGCCUCGCUUCAAGAUGGUGGUCGCAUUGGCGACGCAAUCUACGGCCUUCUUAACAUCGAGAUGGAUUCAAGCCGCUCGCUUUUAGAUCGUGAGGAUCCUCGAGACAUACCCUCACUUUUCCGGCGGCACGAUCGAUAUUAUGGAUGCGAUGCUCGUGAGGAGCAGCCUGGCCUGAGCAGCCGCCAUGAUGAACAUGCGGAAGACAAUGGUGACCAUCUCCCGGUCGUGUUGGAAGGCUAUGGCGAAGACACCGGUGUUACGCCUCUCGAGGUCGCGGACGACUCCAACAUGUUCCAGAGCGGAUACAUGUACCACGGCGAGGUGCAAGAUGAUGAAUCGGGUGAACCCAGCGAACCCUACCAUGCUGGUGUGGACUAUCAUUCCCAUGCUGCCUUGCUUGGCGACUCCAACCGGACGCCGGCGGAGAGGAGGGAACGGGCUGAGGUUGCGGCCGAGAUGGACACGCUCAAGGAACGUGCUCGACAGCACCGUCUUCAACGUGCUCGCGAAAGGCAGCAUCUUGAGGACCGUGGCCGCGCUCAGCUCCGACAGAUGGAGGUACAAGCAGUUCAGCAGAACUUCGCACGCCACGCUCAACUCCGUGCUCUAGGUCAGACCCAGACUCCUGGUACAUUCCAAGGCCAAGCGCAGACUGAAGUCGGAGAUCAUGAGCCAUUGGAGAUGCAAGCUUCCCGCCACGCUGACCUUGAGUCUCGCGAUCAAGCCGCCAACCAGGAUUCUCCUCACUGUGUAGGCCAGUCUGGUCAUCUUCGCGGCCCGUUUCACCCGCAAGCCUAUCAAGGCGUCUUGUCUUCUGACAGUCAGCCCUCAACCCAGAGCUUUACAUCGGGGCCUUUCGCCACUCCCGGCACCGCUGGUGUCCUGCCUGUCCGAGAAGAGACUGGCACCAAGCGCAAGUUCCAGGACAAGGAGAAGAAUCCCGCGUUCAAGGGCAGCCAGUCCAAGAAGCUGAAAGUUUCCGGCAUGCCUGGCUCUUCUUUCGCGAAGCAAAACAACCAUCGCAAGGAUCGCGGAGGCAUGGGCGGUGAUGUCUCUAUCUAG